AUGACGAGCAUUCCGGACAAUAAGUUGGAGCUAUUACGCUCCAAGAUAAUGGAUCAUGGAGGCAUAGAGGAGAAAGUCGAAGUCAAUCAAAGACACCUUAUCGAUAAAAUUCUGGCAAGAUAUUCAGCUGAAUAUGUUUUAUAUCGGGAACUUAUGCAGAAUGCAGAUGAUGCUUCCUCAAGUGCUGUACAGAUACAUUUUCAAACAAACGACGCCUCACUAGGCAAUAAUAAGCAACCCAACUUGUCAUCCAAAUGUAAUAAAAUUAUUUUUAAAAACAACGGUAUGGUUUUUCGGCCUGAAGAUUGGCAACGGUUGAAAAGAAUUGCUGAAGGAAAUCCAGACGAACAGAAAAUUGGGGCCUUUGGUGUAGGCUUUUAUUCUCUAUUUUCAAUAUGUGAAAACCCAUUCGUGUCUUCAGGGUCGCAAUGUAUGGCUUUCUACUUUAAAGGAGAUCAGCUAUUUGCAAAACGAGCAGAUAUUCCAACGGAUGAAAGUUCAGAUAAAGUAUGGACGUCUUUCUUAAUGGAUCUAAGAGAACCUAUGGAAAUGCCGAAUAUCGACCAUUUUACCAGGUUUUUGACGACAAGCAUGGGCUUUACAGCUAAUUUGAAAGAGAUUACCGUGUAUUUCGAUCAGCAAAUCAUCUUUCGCAUUCGCAAACGCGAAGCAGAGCCUAGGGCUAUGUCAGUAGAUGCCCAUAAAAUGCUUCUCACAACAGUUCCAGCAAAGAUGUUUACAUUAUAUGGAGCAGAUAUACGGCCCAUCCAACUGGACGCUGAAAAGUACACGCCACCUUCUAUUUUCAGUCCGCUAGCCAACUUGCUCUCAUCCUCAACAACCCAUAGCACAUCUACAGUGACGAAAAACGAAAGUGGCUUGCCCGUUGAAAAAGGCAGUAUUUUUCUUCGUGUCGUUACGGGCUCCGUCAAAGUCAAUGUAAGUCAAAGCUUUGAGAAAGAAAUGGAACGUUCGACCAAAAAGAAACCCCCAAAGAUGACAAAGAUUCAACUGGUUUACACUGGAAAAGAUGAAUUGGAUGCUUCUGAAAAUAAAAACCAAAUGUUUAGAGAUUUAAUCCCGUUCCCUCAUCAGGGCCGGGUAUUUAUUGGAUUUCCUACCCAUCAGACAACUGGCUACUGCUGUCAUAUGGCAGCAAGAUUCAUUCCUACUGUUGAAAGAGAAAGUAUUGAUUUUGCUGAUCGAUAUAUAAGCCUUUGGAAUAAAGAACUAUUGGUUAUGGGUGGGUUAUUGGCAAGAUUGGUUUAUAAUGAUGAAAUGGAACAGAUCAGAAGACUGUACGGUGAACUAGUAGGCCAUCCAACUGAAGUGGAUAAAUCGGGAAAAGAACAAGAUAACCAAGACAAUGCCAAAUUGCUUUUGGAAAAGAAAGCGGGCCAUGCUUUGCGUUCAUUUACUUUCCAACCUUCAACGCCAAGCGGAAUUGUGAGUCAAGUUCAGGAGGAGCAUUUUUUCAAAUGCUGUAAAGUACCCCUGGAUAUAAUGACUUCACAUGGUGUCCGUUCUAUCACGGUGGCAAGAACUGUUCCAGAUAUAACAACUGUUGUAGGCCAUGAUGUUACUGAGUUAUUAAAUUCAUUUAUCAAAACUAUUCCUACUGUUACUUGGGCUACAUAUCAAUUGUGUAAAGACAGCAUUGACAUUUUAAAAAACAAUAAGAAAUUGUUAUUACCGUUGGGCGUACAGGAUGUAUUGAAAGAAUUAGAUCAGCGGUCUCUAAAGCCUGCUGAAAUGGUGGCCUGUAUGAAAUGGUGGAUUGAAUGCUUUAAAGGCAACCAAGCAAUUCCUGCUGAUACAGUUCAAAUUAUCAGACAAAACAUGGAUGGUGUUUGCUCUCAGUUUCUGCAAGCUGCUAUUAUUGAGCAUAGUAACAUUGACGAAGAGAACAGUAACAAUACUUCUGGCCUUCUGCAGCUUUCUCAGGUUAGGUGGUGGCUGAAUCCAAAAUUGAUACCCUUAGAUAUGCCUGUUCCUGAUGAUACACUACCCUUCUCUAUCUCUAAACAUUUUUCUACUCAAGAUUUGGCUAGGUAUUUUGGCAGCUGGCAUGAGUUGAAUGUUGGCCAAUGGCUUCACUAUAUUACUGAACUAAAGCCUACUACCGAUAAAGCCCUCACUCUUGAGAACUCGAAAGAGUUUGCAGAACGAGUUCUUCAUUUAGUCAGUAGACAGUACGGUCAUUUGUCUAAAGACUGGCAAGUAGAUGUGGUUCAUCUAUUACAGUCAAAGAGUUGCAUACCUACGAAGCUUGGUAUGAAAUUUCCGCAAGAAGCCUAUUUUCCUUCUGUCAAUUUGUUCGGUGAUUUGCCAACGUUGACUAUUUCGCAAAAUAAGCAUAUGAUUAGCCCCGACUUUCUGAAAGCAUUAGGUGUGAGAGAGGAUAUCGAAUUGCAGUUAGUUUUCGAUCGACUUAUAUCCGGUGGCAGUUGGUCCCAUGUUGAUUUGGUCAAGCACCUUAUUUCUCGGCAAUCACUGUCCAAGGAAGAACUCCGUCGACUACGGGAAACGGCUAUUUUCUCCAAGGAAGGAGAAGCACCUACCGUCAAACAAGUCAGCAGGAAAGUCACUACGGCUGCUUCAUCGACUUCUGCGGAUGGAGAAGAUAGCAAUCAGCCCGAGAUCGUCACCAAGGAAGUUUACAAGCGAUACCUAGCUCGUGACUUAUUCACGCCUACUGAUAUUGCGCGUCGACUUCAACUGCCUGUCAUUGACUGGCCGUCGCAUCGAUGGAGACAAGGCAGUGAGGAAGCAAAGCUCUUGGAGAAAUUAGGAUUGAAUGAUAAGCCGCCUCUGCCAACAUUGCUCGCUUGCGCUUCUCCUCCAAAUCCUCCUUCCGGGGAUAGUACCGUCACGGUUGCCGCCAUCCCCAAAGAGAAGAAGGCCAAAAUGUUUGCUGCCUUAAAUUACCUUGUAGAUCAUUAUCAAGACUAUGCAUCUGUUUAUGAUGCAAAUAACAUAGAUGUUAAGUUUAUACCUUGCGUCGACCGCACUUAUGCGUCUCCGCGUGCUUGCUUUACCAAUCCAGAUGUACAGCUGUUAGGCUUUUCCGUUAUACAUCCUGACCUCGCAGGCUACCGUGAUCGCUUAGGUGUAAGAGAAAAUCCUAAUGCUCAGCAGUUGGUUCAGGCCUUUUUAAGUCAUUCCACCAAAUUCUCAUUGGUGGAAAAUCAGGAGCAUGUUCGUAAAGUAUUUGAGUAUAUGGCGACACGAAUGAGUGACAUCUCGACUGAGCACUGGCGCCAACUUCAACAGUUUCCAUUUAUUCCUAUUUUACAACAAAAACAACAGGAGGACAACAGCAUACCGACAUUAAUAACGACAAGAGUGACACCAUCUCAAUGUUAUUUUGAAACCGAAAAUUCAACGUCAACUUUCAUCAAAGAAUUGUUCACUUAUGUCAACUUUGGGCAGCUGGCAAACAGCUUCCUUUGCUCUUGUGGCGUCAGGGAUGAGCCUACCACAGUGGAACUGGCUACCAUGCUUGUUAAAAAUCCUCAAAGAUUAUGGGAAUUGAGUGGUGGAGGAGAAAAAUACCUGGGGUUACUAAGGGAGAUUGCCAGUCAAUCCUAUUCGUUCAAGAACAACAAACAAUUAUUAAGAGACAUGAAGUCAACUGCAUUUCUCGUCGGCAUCAAGCGAGUUGUAUUUUCUGAAGAAGAGCGGAAGGAAGAUAAUGUUAAUGAAGUGAAGGAAGAGGAAAAUAGUAAAGAUAUUGAUAAUGGAUUUAUUCAGUACACACUUGCUAAGGCGUCCGAUAUCUUUAUCAGUGAUGAUCCUAUUGCUCAACAAUUGUUUUCACCAUUGUCAGCUCCAAUGGAACCAAUGCUUGAAGAAUUUUAUAGAAGUUUGGGCAGUGCAGGCUUACACAGCCAAAUCAGAGAAGCUUAUUCUUAUAAAAGUAACGUCGGCACAACUAAUGAAACAAAGAAGAUAGCCCAAAUGAUAUUCGAGCGCACGCCGAUUAUUCUUUACCAAAUACUGAACGACAAUCCUGAACGAAAGAAUGAAUUCUUGCAUGAUGAAAAAUACCUGAAGCAGCAUCUCAAAGUAAUUCAAGUCAAUGGCCUAAAAAUCACACGUACGUUUAAGCAUACAAAUGAAAAGUCUGUUCAGCCUACCACAUCUUGUGUAGACCGCAGCAAUUUUAUUAUUUAUAUCAGUGACCCACAAAAUAUUGAUUACAAUGACGUCGCCCAAUCUCUCUGUAAUUUAAUAUUUGCUCGUAUACGAACCAACGACACUAUUAUCGUUGAACGCUACUUGACAACAAGCUUGAUGAAUCUCCGUCGUAAAGGGAUCCCCGUUGAUCGAAUUUUGAAUCUGCAGAAGCAACAGCAAACACGAACAACUUUUUCGUCGUCAUCGUCCUCGGUAAAUACAGCACGGCCGAACUCUGAAAAUGCACCAUUGAUAUCUGCUAAUAGCCCAUCCACGGCGCCAACUUCAAAACAGCUGGAUGAAUACACGAAGCAAGUACAAGAAGUCUUCCCUGAUUGCCAAGAGGGAUAUAUACGCCAACUACUUACUCAGCAAAAGACUGACCAUAGCCAAAACGUUAUUGAUAAAUUACUUCAUGAUGAGUACCCCAAAGUGACAGUUGCGCAGCAGCCAUCUGUUAUUUCCGAGGAAAAAGAAGAAGCCAAGAAAAAAGCAAUGCAGAAACAACAAUCUGAACGACAGACAAAACCUUCUGGACUCAUCAGAUCACUAUGGUCCUCCUGGAAACAAUCAAACACCAAUAAUAGUUCACUGUCUUCGACACCCAUGACGACCGCACCAUCUUCACCUGCAGAUACAAAAAAACAAGGUGGAGAAGAGGACUCCAGUGCUACAUCUUCAACUAAAGGGAAGCUGCCGCCUUCACAAACGACAAUCACACCUCAGUUUACUGAGAAUAUCAAACAGAAUCUCAAACGUGCUAUCCAUUCUUGUAAGCCUUACGAAGGUCAGACAAUCUAUACACCACCUCGUAUGAAUGAAGUACGAGAAGCAGCUACCUACUGUGAUAGUGCUUCGGGCAAAGAUUUAGUUCAUGCAGGCAAUGUGAACGGUAUUGAAUUCUAUAUUCACCGCAGUCUUCAGGCUGAGGAUGUGUUAGAUCAAUACGGUGCUGCUAUAAGCCGUUUUAAGGAUGUCCUUGUGCAGCUUAGUCAACAUGUGUUUGAGCUUCGACCCAAAAGUGUGAAUAUCUUUUAUGACACAGCGGGUCCUACUAUUGCUUUUAACUUGAGCGGUAGUCUGUUUAUGAAUUUACGCUACUAUCUUGCUUUGCAUGACAGUGAAGACGAAAAGAGUAAAGGCAAUCAAAAUAGCAACCGUGGUAAGACUCUGAUCUACUGGUUCAUGACAAUUUGUCAUGAGUUGGCGCAUAAUUUUAUCGGUCCGCAUAACUCAGAACAUGAAUUCUAUAUGUCAUCGUUUGCAGAGAACUACAUCGAGCAAUUGAUGCUGUACAUGCAAACUACGGGAUUAAUCCCUUCCUCUUCUAAUAUUACCGCAACUACAAAUACUACUACAGAUACUUGA